AUGAAAUCUCCAGAACCAUUAAAAUGUCCAGAACAUACAAAACCUUUAACUAAAAUCUGCAUUGAUGAAAAAUGUGAUCUUUAACCAUAUUUGUGUGUAGAUUGUCUUUAAAAUCAUUUAUGUCAUAGUUAUGAAAUAUAAAAUGGGAUUGAAGAAUUUGCUAAGAAAUUAAAUGUUAAUUUAAGUUAAUUUGAAAAAAUGUAGAUUUAAUUUAAAUAACUUGAUACUGAUUCAUUUGCAUCAUUUAUUAAGAUUUAAAAGUAGAGGGUUUCUGAAGGUAUGUAAGAAAUUAAAAAGAAAAUAAUGCAAAAAUGUGAUAAUUUAGAAAGCAAACUUGUAGAAACUUUAGAAGAAUAAGUUAUUAUAUACAAUAAAAAUGUUUAAUAAUUCAAACAAUAAUUAAAAGAAACUGAGAAAUUUUAAUCACUUUAAAAAUCUUCAGAUUUAUCAAUACUUAAUUGUAUAUUAGGUGUAAAAUUACCUAAUCAUAAUGAUCCAAUAAAUGUAAUGAGAAAAUUUAAAUCACAUUUGUUAAAUUAUACUACAUUUUUUAGUAGUGGUAAAAUAAAAUAAUUAUAAGAAUAAUUGAUUCUUUUAUAAAGUUAAACUGUAUUUCCACCAACAUAUAAAAAUUAAGAAUUUAAAAAAAAUGAAUUCAAUAGAUUAAUUAAUUAUUUUGAUUAAUAUUUAUCAAAUAUUGAAUCAAAUAUUAAAACAUAUAUUAAAUCAUUUCCAAUAACAGAUUUUGAUUAAAAAAAUGUUUAAAUAAAAUCAAUAAAAAAAGAAUAAAAAUUAAUUGAAGAAGAUUAAUGUAUUACUAGUUUUUUAAUUUUAUAAAAUAAUUUAAUUUAUGCAUUAAAUGAUAUGACAAUAAAAAUAAGAGAUAAAUGUUAUAAUGAAGUUGUAGUAAUUUAAUGUGAAACAUAAAUAAAUUGUAUUAUUGAAAUAAAUUGUCAAAUAACAGAAUUGGCAUAAUAGAGUUUAAUAAAUAAAUCAUAAAAAUUAGAUUUUAAUAAAUAAAUCAUAUUAGCUUUAGGAGGUGAUGAUUUUACUUUAAUUUGGUAAUGUUCUUAAUAAAGUAUUUAAUAAAUAAGAAAAGUUUAACAUUAAAGAAUGAGUAGGGUUGUCUCUUUAUUAAGUUUUGAUAAUUUAUUAUUAAUAGGAGAUUGGGAUGGAUAAAUAUUUGGAUAUGAUUUAAAUAUAUAGAAUCCACUUUAUAUAGUUGAUACAUCAUCUACUAUUUUAUUUGCACUUGUUAAAUCAUCUAAAUUUAUUAUUUCAGCUUCUAAAUGUGAUUUAGAAUAAGGUGGUAUAAUAUUUUGGAAUUAUAAUAAAAAUGAUUUAUAUUAAGAAAAAAGAAUAAAAAUUUAAUCAGUUUAGAAAAUGGCUUAAUCAAAUGAUCAAUUAUUUGUAGUUGACAUAAAAAAUAAGUUAUAUAUAUAUGAUUGCACAACUAUUGAAUUAAUUAAAUCAUUUAUUUGUAGUGAAAGUUUUGUUAAUGAAAUUGCAAUUGAUAAUUCUUAAUAGAUUUUAUAUGUCUUGAAUUAAACAUGCUUAAAAUCUAUAUCAGAUUAAUUUUAAUGGAAUUAUUAAAGUUAUGAAGAUUUUCCAUGUUUAUAAUGUAGAUAAUAUUAUUAGAGUACAAGACUUUUUGUAAAUUAAAAUGUGAUUGCUUUUAUAAGACAUUUACAUCAAUGUAAACAUGAAUAAGGAGAUGAUGAUAAAUGUUCAAUGAAAUCAACAUUAUAUUUAAUGUUUUGA